AAUAUUGAUGAACUGGUAGCUCUGCCUUUUMCUCACAAAACACGUGAGAUUUUGAAUUUUUAUUGGUUAUAUCAUUUUGUAGAAAUGUAUACUAUUGAUAACAAAAUAUUCAAAAUAAUAAUUAAUAUUAAGAUUUAAAAAAAAGUAAACAGUAACUACUAAUAACUGUAAGUUAACAACUAAAACAAUACAAGCGAGAGAUUUAUAAACAUGGCAACCAUUUCAGAAUUUAAACUAUUAUUUGACAAAUUUUUACUGGAAAAUAAAUCUCCGACUGGAGAAAUUGUGAAAAAAAAAUAUUAUUUUCCUGUUGAUCAGUUAACGACAAUUUACUCAUCUAUGCUGAAAACUACCAAUAUACAAUGGUCACAAUUUCAACAAAUGUUAAUUAAUUAUGUUGAAAAUGUGGAUUUUUGUUAUUACUCAUGGGAAUGUUUUUCAUUAAUUGUAMAGCAUUUGAACACAGACAAAACAAAUGUAUACAUGUUUACAAAUCUUUUAGGAUUAAUUAAAAUUCCUACUGAAAAAAAUGAAGACCAUAAAUUAUUAUUUAAAAGUAACAAACGACCUCAAUUUAAAUAUAAUUCAGAACAAUUAAAAUCGUGGGUUACAUUAGUUUGGGAUGGUAUGAAACCGUUCAUGUUGUCAAAUAUCAAAAUUAGAAGAGAGAUGUUAACUUUGUUGAUAGAAAAAAUGCAAAUGAAUUUAAAUAAUCCUCUUGUAACUGCAGACUUUCUAAUGGAUUCAUUGGAUACUCCUGGCCCCGUUUCAAUAUUAGGACUUCAAGGCAUUUUUAUUUUGGUCAAGGAUUAUAAUUUAGAAUGUCCAAAUAUUUAUGGGAAACUAUACAACUUUUUUACCACUGAUAUGUUUAGUUAUCGGUAUAAAACCAGAUUGUUUUAUUUAGCCGAUAUAUUUCUUCGUUCAACUCAUUUACCAGAGCUGCUAGUUGCURCAUUUGUUAAACGGAUGGCUAGACUUUCAUUAAUAGCACCGCCUACUGAUAUAAAAAUUAUGGCAGCAUUUAUAGGAAAUUUAUUAAUUAGACAUCCACCACUAAAAGUAUUGAUCCAAAGUGAUUCCGUUGUUGGUUCUGAUCCUUAUAUUUUUGAAGAAAAAGAUCCACUAAAAUCAAAUGCAUUAAACAGCUCAUUAUGGGAACUUGUUUCUCUAAAACAACACAUUUUACCAAAAGUGGGAAAAUCAGUAAAUUUUUUAUUUAAAAAAUUGCCACAAGUUGAAUGGGACAUGAGUGAAUUAUUAGAUGAUUCUUAUGAAAGUAUGAUUGAUGAAGAAUACAAGACAGAGUUCCAAAAAGUGAGCUUAACAUAUGAAAAACCGGUUUCAUUUUCUCUACCACUAUCUAAUCAUAUGGAUGAUUUAUGGACUUUAGAUGAUUAAUUCAAACUAUGUUAAUUUUAAUGAUGUAUAUUAAUUAAUAUAUGCUAAAUUUAUAUUUCACAAAACUGUACAAAUUGAGUCUGUAUAAUUUAAUUAGUGUUAUCCUAUAUAGUGAUGMGAUAGGAAUUCUGAAAAUAGAUUUUAAUAUAUCAUAAGCCUAAUUCAUAACUUUAUCCACCAAAUUUAUCAAUGUUGUCAGACGCCAUUUUUGAAGGAUUCUUGGCAGAUAUUAAAUUUGACUAUGUUAAUUUCAAAACAAAAUACUUCACAGAAAACUACUUAUUUAUUUUCAGAAUCCUAAUUAAAAAAUACUUAUAUAUAAAUGUGCUGUGUUAGUGGACAGAGGAGAUACCCCAAUGUGAAAUAACAAAUUUUUAACAAUUAAUAAUUAUAAAUAUUUUAACUAAGGUAAAAUAAAUUUAAAAUUUAAAUAUUUAUUGUUCAUUAAAAAUAAUUUGUGAAUUUACAUUAAAUCUCGAUUGUUACGAUUAUUUAGAUUCAAGUAAAAUUGUUCAACCUCGUACAUUGCUAAAUGCUCAACUGUGAUAUAUUAAAUAAGCAUAAGAAAAAUUAAUGUUAAAUUUGAC